AUCUAAACCAUGAUGUAAGGCCUCUGCCAAGUCGAUGACUUGGAGGUCUCUCCUUUAAACUGAGAACUUCAUCGCGCUUUUUCAUCGAACGUAGUCUCGUCACUCCACCAGCAGGGGUCGCCAGUGGAAACGCAACAAACGAGCUUGUUUACUUUUGAUGGUUCUAAAAACCACGAGUCCGUUUGCGUUUCUUUGAAUUAAUUAGACGACCAUGAGCUACAGCGAAGCACGUUUAUUGAGAGCCAGGCAGACCGUCCUGGCACCCAUCUCCAACAGGACCCUGCAGCACCCGUCCUUCCUGCCUCUUUACAUGCCCACACGUUUUCAUCACGCCUUUCAGGGAGAUGCUCACCCAGGUUACCCAAUGAGUCCCGUGGAGCUUUUCUACACGGACCCCACUCUGCCCUGCGGGAGGAGGAUCUAUAAUAGCCUGAGUAGGAAAAUGGCUUUUGAUUGCUCCCAGCUCAACACUCCUCCCCCCAUCAUGUCUGCCUGCGUCGCCCCUCCUAACCGCCCAGACCCAUUCAGGGCCGGACCUCACCCCACCAACAACCUGGGCAGCCCAAGCUGGAGACUCCAGGGCAUCCACCCUCCUCAGGUGCAGCCAAGGUUUGUGGUCAUCCAGCUCACUCAGCAGGAGGACCAGGUUAUUACCAGCCUGUUGAAACUCCACCACCAGGAGGCACCCCAGAGCAAGGAGCGAGUCACCGCUGCACAGGCUGACUUCCCAGGAGCUUUAAAGUCAAAUCCCAGAGAUUUUAGCACAGGUUCACUGGAGGGGGCAAACAAGGUUUUCUGCAUUGAUGAGUCAGAGGAGCGACAGAAAUGGUCAGACGCAGAGUAUGAAGCUGCUAACACUCUAUUGAGCAGCUUUCAGCAAGUGGAGGAUUUAAUAGGAAACACAGCAAUACCUCCUGAUCUUCUGCAGUCCCAAACCUCUCAAACAGAACUAGAAUGCCAGACUUUCCCACCAUCAGUAACUUGUUACAGUUCACAAAAAGGAAGCUGCAUCAAGGAGAACGGAGGCGUCGGGUCUCAGGAGGAUAUGACCGCGUGUCCAACAGGUUUUGAGAGCAAACUUGAACAAGAGAGGAUGGAGGGCAGGUCAGAGGAGCGGAUGCUGACAGAUUUGGAAGGGGACGCUGUGCAGGUUCUGCUCAGCCUCAGGGAGGCGACGACUUUCGAUGCCAUGCAGUGAUCGUGUCGAACCAAAGGAUCGUUUUUGGAAUGAGUCUUUGAUUUGGUUAUGGAGGCCUCAAACUGGGCAGUUUAUCCUCCGAAAAAGACUUCAAUUUGUCAUUCUUUUUUUUUUUACCUAGUUGUAAAAUAUCUUAAAUAUAUGUUCACGUUUGUACUGUGACAUUAAUAUGUUGUGUUCAAUAAAAAUGUUUCCUU